AUGGUGGCGGCCAGGGCUACUCCUGCUGCCACGAGCAUAGUGACAGAGAGCACAACCACCAAGAUCCCGACGAUACCCAUGACCGUGCAAGGAAUCAACUGCCCGGCUCCGAUUCUUACAGACGACUUUUCCAACUGUCGAGUCCCCGGGGGCGUGGAGAUGUGGGCAAGCGGAGGAUUCUACUCACCCGGCGUCUGCUUCGUAGGAUACCAGGCACAAUGUACGCAAACAAGGGUUGCCAAAAGCGAGUAUCCCAUUCAGUCCGGGGAAACAGUCGUUCGUUGUAUACCAUCGGGCUAUGAAUGCAACGACCAGACAAAAGAUCAAAAGUACGCGGUUUCAAAAUACGGCAGCAUCGUCCUCUCAGCACCGGCAUUUGAGAUUCGCUGGCGCGAACAAGACCUCCAACAUGUUACUGGCCCGCUGCCGCCGCCGACGAUGCCUACAAGACUGCCUUCAAGCUCAACUACGCCUGGGAGCGUGGCGGUUGUUACAUGGACAGUCACCUCAACAGACUCGUCACCAGCAGAAACAUCAAGUUCAACAUCAUCAUCCAAGUCGAUUAUAAACCUAAGCGACGGCGCAGUAGCUGGCGUGGCGGUAGGCAUCUUCUUUGCUAUAAGCUUCCUUGUCAUUGGGUUUCUCUACUCCCGGCGCUAUAUCCGCAGACGAAACAGAAACGCCUUUGCUUCCGAAAAGGACCAGGGCAGUACACCAGACGACGCCCCUGCUCUGCUAGGCUCUAUUGAGCUGGAGAAUCGGGACCGGGUUGAGCUCUCAGCACAAGCUGCGCCAGCUGAGCUGUCUGUCCAGCGCAGCUCCAAGGCGCCGUCGGGCUACUGGAGGGCGUCACACAUUUCUGUGAAUAAGGAUCCCGUGGAAAUGCCAGCCGAUCCUGCCUGA